CCUGUGCGGAAGCAGGCGGGACAAAGGGAAGAGCAUGGCGGAGCAGGAGCCGGAGCCUCUGCGCCUGAAGCGGCUGCACGGCGGCUUCUUCGCGGUGCCAGCUGCACACCGGCUGGGAAGAUGCCGCAGCGUCAAGGAGUUUGAGAAGCUCAACCGGAUCGGGGAAGGGACCUACGGCAUCGUGUAUCGUGCCCGAGAUACACAGACGGGCGAGAUUGUGGCUCUGAAGAAAGUGCGGAUGGACAAAGAAAAAGAUGGGAUCCCCAUCAGCAGCCUGCGAGAAAUCACCCUGCUGCUGAAGCUCCAACACCCCAACAUUGUGGAGCUGAAGGAAGUGGUGGUCGGCAAUCACCUGGAGAGCAUUUUCUUGGUGAUGGGCUACUGUGAGCAGGACCUGGCCAGCCUCCUCGAAAACAUGCAGGCUCCCUUCUCGGAAGCCCAGGUGAAGUGCAUCAUUCUCCAGGUUCUCCAUGGCCUUCAGUACCUGCACAACAACUUCAUCAUCCACAGGGACCUCAAGGUGUCCAACUUACUCAUGACCGACAAAGGUUGCGUGAAGACAGCGGACUUUGGGCUGGCUCGUGCUUACAGGGUUCCCCUGAAUCCGAUGACUCCAAAAGUGGUGACACUGUGGUACCGGGCUCCUGAGCUCCUCCUAGGCACGACCACACAGACCACAGCCAUCGAUAUGUGGGCGGUGGGCUGCAUCUUGGCGGAAUUGCUGGCCCAUAAGCCUCUGCUGCCUGGGAGCUCUGAGAUACAGCAGGUUGACCUGAUUGUGCGUCUGCUGGGCACUCCAAACGAGACCAUCUGGCCUGGCUUCUCCAAGCUGCCCCUGGUGAGCCAAUACACCCUCCGCAAGCAGCCCUACAACAACCUGAAGCACAAGUUUGCCUGGCUGUCCGAGGCCGGACUUCGGCUCCUGAACUUGCUCUUCAUGUUCGAUCCCAAGAAAAGAGCAACAGCCGGAGACUGCUUGGAGAGCUCUUACUUCAAGGAAAAGCCAUGGCCCUGCGAACCGGAGCUGAUGCCAACUUUCCCCCAUCAUCGCAACAAGAGGGCUGCCCCGAGCACGGGAGGGGAGUGCCUGGGCAAACGUAGCAGACCCUGAGAUGGUGGCUUGGAGGGCAUCUAAAAGCGCUUUUCAGGGGCUGGAGAUGGGCCAGCGAUGCAGGCCCUGGGUGGAGGAAAAUGGCUGUGUGUCCAGGACCCUCUUGCCUUUCAUGGAGACUUGCGUCAGCAGCAAAGCACCACCCCCUCCUCCUCUGUGCCCUGGAGGGGAUCCUCGGUCCCUCCGCCCUGUGGCUAAAGGUUGCAGCUCAGCCUGAACCUCCCAGGAGCAACCAGAUCCUUUUCUUCUCUCAGCUCUAUCAAAAACAAGCAGCUGCUCUGGAUGUUGAAAGAACAAGCAAAGCAUUCCUGCUCCAGCAGUGAAGAGAGGAGAAAACCUCCAGGCCUGCAACGUUUCUGAAACUGCUGCAAGUUAAAGGGCACGUGGAAACCACCAGCGCCCC